AUGAAGACAAUGAAGCAAUGUCGUCAACCGGCUCAUCUUCUGAUCCCUCGGAUGAAGAGGACGAAAAACCGUCAGUUGCCUCAGGAAACCGCAAAAGAUCCUUUCUCCGACCUUUUGGCUUUAGCGGAAGAUCAACCAAGCGCUCCAGCAGGUUCCUCAAAGGGAUCUGAAGACUCACUUUCUCCCGAUGCACUGCAUCGUCUAACUGGGGCGUCAAUCGGGUCAGACACAGGAAAAAGGCUGUCGUUUUCCGGACGGAUAGUACAAAUUGGGAGAAAGGGAGGUCAUAGUCUUCGAAACUUGGACUCAAGGCGUGCUGCAGAGGCGGAAAGACGUCAGUUGCCCGUCGCAGGUGGCGCUACAAAGCGAUCCUCUCGGACGUCCGCGAAUCAGAAAAAUAAUGUUACUUCGAUGUUUUCUAUGUCUGUGUGUAAUUCAGGGCCUAUUCUGCCGCCUGGUGAAGAACCAUCAUGCUACCGGCUGUUCGGUACGACAAGCAUCCAUCUGCCCUCUAAUUGGUUCAUUCAAAAGGGGGCUACGACGCAGUAG